GAACGUUUCUCAAAUAGAGAGGGGAGAAAAAAACGUGAUUUUUUUUAUUCUUCCACUUCGUCAUUCUUGGUGAACUCUUUUCGUGGUGUGGUGCUUUCCUUCCUCCACUCCUGUUUUAUUUGUUUUAUUGUUUUUUAUCCCCCUUUUCCUCUCCUUGUCCUGCUGGAUCCGUUGUCUGUCUUCUCCUGCUGUGUGCCUGGACCUUCUGUCUUCUUUGAGUGUAUGUGUAUAGAGGAAGAGUGCUGGACUGAGCUUGAAAAAGGACCCGACAGGACAGCAGAAUGAGGUCGUCCCAGUUGCGGGUGGUGGUAGCCGUGUCACGUCGCCAUGACAACUGCCCGGCGUGGUGACGGAGCGGCGGAGGAGCGAAGCAUGCUGGGUAAGACCAAGCACUUCUUCUCCGGAGCACAGGAGCAGGAUGGAGAAGAGGAGGAGGAGGAGGAAGAGGAGAGAGGGGGCCGGAUGGACAGGAAGGAGCUGGGCAGAGGAGGAGGACGACAGAACGGCAUGGUGGACAUGGGGGACAUGGCCGACGAGGACAUGGUGAUGAUGCGCCCCGGGGGCAGAGCCCUGCGGGAGAAAGGGGAGGGGCACAAGCCAGCGGCAAUUGUGAUUGGACGACAGCGGGGAGACAGACUGCCUCCAAAGUCCUCCGUGGCUGUGGUGCAGCGGGGGAUCUCUUUCCCCACCAAUCAGGAGCUGGCCCAACUUCAGCUGGCUAAUCAGAAGGGUCUACAUCCUGUUUCCACCAAUCAGCAUCAGCAACAGCUUUACCAUCCGACCAAUGCAGCGCACCAGAGGAGGCGGUACAUGAUGGAGCGGAGUAUGACCACGGUGUCCCCGAUGGAGGAAGCCCACUUGGCCAUGCUGGUGUUCCGCAUUGGCAUCCCUGACAUCAAGCAGACGAAGUGUUUGCGUUUCGACCCGGACGCGACGGUGUGGGGCGUCAAGCUGCAGAUCAUGUGCUCGCUGGGCGAGUCGCUGUGGGACGUGUACAACUACGGCCUCUUCCAGCCGGCCGCCGACGGCCGCGACGCCAACUUCCUGGACGAGGAGCGGCAGCUGCGGGACUACCCACAAUCCUUUGAGAAAGGAAUGCCCUACCUGGAGUUUAGGUACAAGACCAGAGUUUACAAGCAGACCAACCUGGACGAGAAACAACUGACCAAACUGCACACCAAGGCCAACCUGAAGAAGUUCUUGGAGUACAUCCAAAGCGGAUCUCUCGACAGGAUCACCAAAGCGCUGGAUAAAGGCCUCGACCCAAACUACCAUCACCAGGAGAGUGGAGAGACGCCCCUGUCCAUGGCAGUGCAGAUGCCCCAGUCUAUAGAGGUGGUGCGGUGCUUGGUGAUGAAUGGAGCCCAUCUGGAUUUCAGGACUAGGGAUGGACUCACACCUCUGCACAAGGCGGUUCGGGCACAGAACCACCCAGCACUUCAGAUCCUGCUGGCGAUGGGAGGCUCUCCGGACUACAAGGACCGCUGUGGGCUGACGCCGCUUUACCACUCUGUGCUGUCAGGGGGCGACACCUCCUGUUGCGAGACGCUGCUCUACUACCGAGCCCGACUAGGCGUCAGAGAUGAGAACGGCUGGGAUGAGUCACACCAGAUGAGGGACCCAGAGGGCUUUGGAAUGCAAGAGUUACACAAGGCCUGCCAGCAUGGUUUUGCCCAGCACCUGGAGCAUCUGCUCUUCUACGGCGCCGACUCCACCUCCCAGAAUGCAUCGGGAAACACAGCGCUCCACAUCGGCGCUCUGUACAAUAAGGAGAACUGUGUGCGUGUUCUGCUGUACCGGGGAGCCAAUAAGGAAAUUAAGAACAAGCACGGGCAAACCCCUUUCCAGGUGGCUGUAAUGUCUGGCCAUUUUGAGAUCGGGGAGAUCAUCAAAAAUCACAAUGACUCAGAUGUAGUUCCUUUCCUUGAGUCUCCCAAGUAUGCCCCGCCGCGCUCCGAGCUGGCCCGGACGCUGCCCCCCUCCUUGUCCCUGCACCAUGCCCACCCCCACCCGCUCCUGAGGGCCAAGAGUGAGAACACCAUGAACCCGGAGCAAGGGCCCCCCGCUCCCAACCCCGCUGGGCCCAACCCCACACCACCCACACAGACUCAGCGUAGAGCCUCGUUUGCUCUGCGUAGCUCCAGCAGUCCGCGCUCUCGCACUCGCUCACCGUCACGAGGAAGAGGCGAGGUGGAGGAACAACGCCAGAAGCAGCAGCAGCAGCAGCAGCAGCAGCAGCAGCAGCAGCGAGGCAGACAGGGGGGUGGUGGGCAGCAGCGUAGGAGGCUGUACAGUGCUGUACCUGGUCGUGUGUUUGUGGCGACCCGAGCUCACCCAGCCCAAAACGAGCGAGAGCUCAGCCUCAGCAAAGGGGACCGGGUCAAAGUACUUAGUGUGGGGGAUGGCGGUUUCUGGGAGGGGACGGUGAAAGGCAGGACGGGCUGGUUUCCCUCCGACUGUGUGGAGGAGGUCCCCCCUCAGAACCAGGAGCAAAGACCAGAUAAUCGCAGUGAGAAGUCCCGCAAAAAGCUGUUUCGCCAUUACACAGUGGGAGCUUACGAUGGCAUAGAGGCACCCAGUGACUACAUCAUAAAGGAGAAGACGGUUCUCCUUCAGAAGAAAGACAAUGAGGGCUUCGGCUUCGUGUUACGAGGCGCUAAAGCCCAGACUCCCAUUGAAGAGUUCACUCCCACGCCAGCCUUCCCUGCUCUGCAGUAUCUGGAGUCCGUGGACGAAGGGGGAGUGGCCUGGAGGGCCGGACUGCGAAUGGGAGACUUUCUCAUUGAGGUGAAUGGGGUGAACGUGGUGAAGGUGGGCCACAGGCAGGUGGUCAACAUGAUCCGUCAGGGCGGCAACAGCCUGAUGGUGAAGGUCGUCAUGGUGGCGCGGAACCCCGAGAUGGAGGAGGUGCCUAAGAAGAAAGCUCCGCCUCAGGCCAAGCGGCUGACCCCACCAGCCAUCGCCAUGCGCUCCAAGUCCAUGACCUCUGAACUGGAGGAAAUGGAAUACGAAUCAGUCCAGGCCACGGACAAGAAGAGAAGCGUCUAUCAAAUGGCACUGAAUAAGCUGGAUGAGAUCCUGGCGGCCGCCCAGCAGACCAUUAGUCCAUCUGAGGGGGGCGCCCAGCGGGGUCACGCAGGGAGGAGAGAGCGCAAUAAGGGCUAUUACACUAACAAGCAACCAAGUUUUGAACAAUCAGGUGUUGGCAUGAUGUCAUCAGGGUCUGGGUUUGGUUAUAACCACGCCCAGUUUUCAUCAAGCCACGCCACCCCACAUGGUCUGAUGCUUCGCCAGAAGUCCAUUGGGUUGGCUGAUGACGAGAAGGGCUUCCUGCAUCCACCCACCAUGAAGCUAUCCCGCAGUCUGUCCGUGCCUGGACCCGAGGAUAUUCCCCCGCCGCCGGAAACCUCGCCCCCCGAGCCCCCGCUGUCUGCGGGUGGCCGCAGGUCCGAGCCCAGCCACCCGUCCGCACACUACAUGCCCCCCCACGCACAGCCGCCGGUGGCGGCGCCCCCCCAGCAGCAGCAGCCACACAGCCGCGCCACCUCACGCCGGGAGUCGGCCGACUCCUCCGGGUGGAGGGGGGGAGGCGGAGGCAAGAUGGCGCAGCUGAGACGGGGCUACAGCAGUGCCACGCCCCCCGGACCGAGCAUGCCCACGGCCAAGGCCACCGCAGUGCCCCCUCCGCAGCAGGCGGUCGCCAAGACGACAGGAGGUCGGCGAGCCGGCGGGAGGGGUCCGCUGCUCAAGCAGCCAAAAGUGGAGGAGGGGGCGGGACGAGCACCACGAGGGGCCCAGGCACAUGCACAGGCACAGGCACAGGAUUUCGUAGACAAGAGCUCCAUCCCCAUCCCCACCAUCAUCGUCAAGGCCCCCUCCACCAGCAGCAGUGGCCGCUCCAGCCAGGGAAGCAGCAUGGAAGCAGAGCAACCUCCAGACAUGGAGCAGCAGCAGGAGGCUCCUGAGGCCCCCAGCCCGCCCGCCUCUCCACCCUUACCUCCCUCCUUACCCUCGUCCCUCAACCAAGACAGGACUGACAUGGUGGUAGUAUCUGGACCUCCAGGAGGAGGUGGUGGCACCAUGGGCAAAGUCAAGCGGGACCGCGAGCGCUACCGGGACUCGCGGCGGAAGAGUGCCUCGUUCUUCUAUUCUUCGGAGGAGGACAUGCUGGACGACAUGGCGGCCGCGCAGGUGGAGAACGUGUCCCCGCGCCUGCGUCCUUCCAAAUCCAUCGACGAGGGCUUGUUCUCUGGGGACAACUUGACGACACAGGGGCGCAGCAUGCCGCCCGCUUUUGGCCUUCCUCAGUAUGCCUCACCGCAGACUCACACGCACGCCACCACCUUCAUCCAUCCUCUCACGGGGAAGGUUCUAGAUCCCUCCUCGCCUUUGGGGUUAGCGCUGGCCGCGCGCGAAAGAGCGCUGAAAGACGACCGACGCACCCGGCGCGAGGAGCGGCACUUUGGCCGGCAGCUGUCGAGCGUGGGGGCGUUCCCUUCGACCGUGCCGUCGUCCAACCCGCAGCAACACAACCCACAGCAGGCCUCUUACAUGUACCCACAAAACCAACACCCUCCUGCCAUAUACCUGGCAGGAUCCUCCCCUUCCUCCGCUGCCCCGUCCCCCCUCAGCCGCCCCCAGUCUCCCAGGAUGAUGCGUCUGGCCGGAGCAGGGCCCUGGUCAGGGGAGGGAGGCGAACACGACAAGGAGAGCUUGGCCAGGGUAGGAGGCAUGAAGGUCAGGUUCUCAGAGGAAAGGCAGUCAGCGCUUCAAAACCAGUAUCAGUACCACAACCAGUACCAACAACAACAGUACCAGAAUCAGUAUCAGAACCAGAACCAGAGCCAGUACCAGAGGGAGUGGGAGCGAGAGCCUGACAAGGGGGAGAUGUACGGGAGGGGUGGCAUGCAACAAGCUCCUCCCGCGCCACAACAGGUUCCCAAUCAGCAGCCUCAGCCUCGCAGGCCGUCUUUCCUGCAGAUGGACAGCGACGCCAACGUGAACGCCGUAGGAUACGCCGGCUCCCACGGCGCGCCUCUACCGCUCUCGGCUGGUCCCACCCAGACCACAGUAACAAUCACCGGUGCGGAGGAGGUGCCCGAGACAGGGGUCGGGCUCAUGGUGCUCCCCCCUCCUGCUCCGUCCGUCGACAUUGACGACGAGUUUGUGUUCGUGGACCCGUUGCCGCCUCCCCUGCAGUUUGCAAACGGCAACGACCGCAGAGGCUCGAGAGGGUCGCCCAUAUCCACACAACCGCAACCGCCACCUCAGAUGCAGCACCAUUAUCAGCAGUCCCAGUCCCUGCAGCAGCAGCAGCAGCAUCAUAAGCUAUCAGAGCGGCAGACUGAUGUCCGUCCGCAGCAGUCUGCACAGUCACAGCAGCAGCUUCAGCACCUUCAGCAGCAACCUCAGCCCCCACCAGAUCUUUCUCAGGAGGACUUGCAGCAGCAGCAACCUCCACUGGUGCACCCCUACCUAUUCCCUCCCAAUCCACUAAUCCCUCCCCCCCAGCUUUGCCCAAAAAUACCGCCCUCCACCAUGACCAUCUCCUCAUCGACAAACACUUCUAGCCAAUCCCUGCCCGCCCAGAUCAGCCACCAGGCGGCGGCGUCCCAAAUCCCAACGGACAUCCCCAGCCAGUCGCUACCCCCACAGCCACCGCCACCCCAGCCCCCGCCCCCGCCCCCACCCACGCUACCACACGAAGUAGCCAACCUGACGCAAUCGGUUCUGUCCCCUUCCCUUCCUUCGCCGCAGGCCUUCCCUCCAUCCACCCCUCCGUCUUCUCUUCACCCUUCCAACCCUCCACCUGCGUCUGCCUCGGCCGCCGCCGCCACCUCGACCGCCACUGGGACGUCGUCCCAGUCCGUCCACCGGCCGCAGCCUCUCUUCUUCGCCCCGGCACACGGCCAGGAUCGUGCCAACGCCACCACCGUCACCUACGCCACCAUGACCACCAGCCAGGCCUCUUAUGCAAUGACCGCCACCACGGCCGUCUCCGUGGCUAAUCAGCUGCCUCUGAAAACGGGCGAGAGCCGCGGGGAGUGGCAGGACGCGGUGGUGGACUCCGGGAUCGAGGAGCUGGACAGCCACAGCGACCACCACCUGGACAAGCUGGGCAUGCGGGACGCGGAGAGAGGAGGAGCAGGAGGAGGAGGGGGGAUCGACAGGAGAAGGGAGAUCAUGGAGCUGAGUGGAGGUAGAGUGGCUGGCAGAGACCGGGCUCACAUGGAGCGGAGGGAGUCGCUCGACUCCUCGGCAGCUUACAAAAUGCACAAUGACGCCAUUGCCAUCGCCGCCACCGCCACCGGGCACGUCCCACGGACCCACCACGGUGGCAGGCCAGUGCCCCCUCUGCGGCGGCAGCCCAGCGCCGCGCCCAUCAUGCAGCAGCACCCGCCGCACCCCCACAGGCAGAGGAUGCUUGAGGAGGAGGACAGGGCCCACGCUCUGGCUGUAGGCCAGGGUGGCGGCGGUGGGGGCACAGAAGAGGGCGAGGGGCUGCUGCGGGGCCCCGUUUUUAUGGACCGUCGACUAAACUCUCCUAUGGCCAGCGUGAAGGCCAGCAUCAUCAACGAGCUCAGCAGCAAGCUGCAGCAGAUGGGGGGCUGGCAGGGCCAGGAAAAGCCUCCCUCAGGCAGGUUUCAGGAAGAUGCCAGUACAAUUAUGAGUCCCCCUUUGGUUCGCUCCACGUCUCCUCUGCCCGUGUCUAUCCCCCAUAACCUGCAUAGGGCCCUGUCCCCCACCCUUCCUCUCUCCCCGACACACCACCCCAGCCUCCCACCCAUCCUGUCUCCUUCCCUCAACCCCAACAUGACCCCUACACUCACGCCCAGUCCUCUGCAUAUCCUGCAACCCACUACUCCCACUCAGCCAGCGCCAUACAGUGACUGGACGUGUCCGCCCUCCCCUCUCCAACGCUCCAAGUACCGCGGCAAGGCGUUAGAGUUCCAGUUCAACUCGCCCGCGGAGCUCAGGCGCUCGGAGUCGCACCACCCCCACUCGCCGCGGCGCCGGGCCCCCAGCCCUCUCAUCUCCUGCACGGACCGGCCCCAGGCCGCUCCGCCCCGGCCCUCCUCCCUGCCUCUCUUCCCAAGCUCCAUGUACAACGCCCCCUUCGAGCUCCAGCCUCCGCUCACCCCGCCUGCUCACUCCAUCCCUCUCUCCGAUCCCUUCUUCCCCAGCACACCGCCACAGCUCUUCUCCCCGACCCCCGCGGUGGCGGCUUCCUCCUCCUCCUCCGCCAACCCGCUCCUGGUCUCCCGCUCUCUCUCUCCGACCCACUUCCUGUCCGGCAGCUCCUCCCCUUCCUGCGGCAACUAUCCACCCCUGACUCUGCCGCCGCCCACCCGGCCCUUCGCCACCAAGCCUCUGCCCUACUGGAGCAAGUACGACGUGGCCGAUUGGCUGGUCUACUUGAACCUGGCCGAGCACCAGGAGCGUUUCCUAGACAACGAGAUCGACGGCUCGCACCUGCCGUCGCUGACCAAGGAGGACUUCCUGGACCUGGGCGUGAGCCGUGUCGGACACCGCAUGAACAUCGAGCGGGCGCUCCGCAAACUCACCCACAGGUGAGGCAGGACCGGCUGAAGCGUUUGGGGCAAAAAAAAGAGUUGUGUGAAAGGACCAGGCAGCAUCAGCAGUCAGUUCUAGGCGAAGGAAGCAAGCGCAGUCCUUUUUUCCUUUUUUUGCCUCCUCUCUCUUUUCUCUCUUUCUUUCUUGUCUUGUGGUCACUCUUCUUUUCUUUUUUCUGUCUUAUGUCUUUCUCUUUUGUUUUUUGUCUCCAGAAUUAUUUUGAUGUAGCAUGGGAACACAUACGUCUUCUUAUCCACGUCUCACUUUGUCUUGCUCCCUCCCCGUUGUUUGGCUGUUUUUGAUAUCCAUCUGUGUAGUUGAUCUAUCGUCGGUAUAGAUCCAUUGUAUCUACACUUUUUUCCCUUCUCAGUAUCUAUCCAAAUAUCUAUAGAGUUGAUUGCCUAUAGAUGGUUAAGAUACCUCUUUUAUCUUUCCACCUUUACUUAUUCUCUGUUUCUUAUCUUCCUUUUUUCCCCUUCUUCUUUUUUUCUCACCUCUUGAUUUGCCCUCCCUUUUUUUCUCCUAUAGGCUCUCCUCUCCUUUCUCUGUCUCUACUGUCUCGUCUGAAGGACAGAGCGAAAGAAUGAGAGAUGAGGGGAUUCUGAGCUCUUAGAAUGGGGGAAAGUGAGAAACCUUGUAAUCAAUCACUUUAAGCGAGAGAUCUGAUGACUGGAUUACUUUUAAAAUGAAUGGACAUGGAGACAAAUGCCACCAAGAGAGAAGAGCUGUUGGUUUUUUUCCCUUCUUCCCUCCUCUUUUUUUUUGGAGGUGAUUCCUUGCGCGGUUCGCUGCACUCUUGUGGCUAAACCGAUACAAUCAUGUACAGAAGAGAAUGCAUUCUCUUUUCAUGCAACUUAACCAACGCAUCAGCAGACACACUGACCAAC